GUAGAAAGCCAUUUGGUCAUUCUCCUCCGCAGCUCUCUCACUGCGCGCCAAACAGCCCCUAAAAGUCACAGCAGCUGAGUUCAUUGCUCUCUCUCUCUUCCUCCGUUCUCUCCAGAGAAUCUGAGCCCUAAGCCAAAACAGUUGAAAUCGGAGACGAUGCCGCUGAAAUGGGUUUUGCACUGGCAACCCAAUGUAGGGGCGACGGUGAGCAGUCAAAUCAUCAAUGAGGUGACGCAGGUCGUCGAGAGCAUCAAUGGGAUUAAGGAAGGCAGGUGGAAAGCCACCAUCACUUUCUACAAACCCCUGCUUCGAGAGCAGGCUUUGGUGGGGGAAUACCCGCGUGAUUUCUUGGGGAUUGCACUGCCGGAGCAGCCAAAUAAGUACUACCUUAUAAUCCGACCUCUUCGCAUUGUUCUUGAAGCUGAUUCUACAAUUACAAUGAUUAUGGAGAAAUUGCAGUCUUACAAACAGAGGGUCUCGCUUAAUUUUGAGGGAUUUCAAUAUCAACUUGGGGACUUCCAAGUGAGAGUGGGCAAAGUUCUUCCGGCUCACACUGAUAAUUUGAGAGGAAUAGUUAUGGAGGUGGAGUACCUACCCAUUUCUUCAAUGGAAAAGGCAAGGCAAAUCAUGGAAGAGUUUAUGACUAUAUGGGAUCAGGCUGUAACCAAAAGAGGAAUACCAGGCCACUUUGUGCAUAUGGAACCAAACUUUGGUGAGUAUGGCCUUGGAGACCAGUAUACUUCACAACACACUGCUGUCCAGUAUGCUGCUGUUAUGGCUCAACUAAUUGCGACCGUUCAAGCAGCGCAAGGAAGAAAUUAGGACCAAGAUCUUCAUCUAUGUCACUUGCACAAAUAAGAAAUUAGGAACAAGAUCUUCAUGUAUGUCACUUGCAGAAAUGGUUCGAUGUGUUGAUGUUUUAAAUCCCAGAUUACUUUGGGACCAAGGGGAGGAAUGAACAUCCGAGUUAGGUUUUGGUUUUCCAUGAAGUACGUAUGGUAGUGUGAAAUGGAAAACAUAGGCUUGUUACCUUCUUUAGAGUUGAAAGGUUCACGUUUGGUCGUCGAUGUAACUGCUUCUGUAUUCACUUUUUGUACUCCUUUUUCUCAGUCCAACAUCCUUAUACAUAGCAAACUGUUAUCUCCGUC